AUGUCUUCCUGGAACCCACCCCAGAACUACUCUACUCGCCCAGUCGCAGUACUCGGAGCUGGCGUACUCGGACGACGCAUCGCCUGCAUCUGGGCCUCAGCAGGGUACACCGUCCACGUCCGCGAUCCCAGCGCAGACCAGCGCGCCGCAGCAACAGACUACGUCGCCACGAACGUCGUGUCCUAUGCACAGAAAACCCGCAAAACGCCAGGCAAAGUCACCACCUUCGAACACCUCCCUGAAGCAGUGGCGAAGGCAUGGCUGGUCAUCGAGGCCGUGCCUGAGAUCCUCUCCCUCAAGACGACCACAUUCGCUGACCUCGAGAAACUCGCACCAGAGGACUGUAUCCUCGCCUCGAACUCGUCUUCGUACAAGUCGUCCGAGAUGUUGGGUGGUGUAGUAUCUGAGACUACGAAAUCCCGCAUCCUCAAUAUGCACUACUACAUGCCUCCCGAGUCGAUGAUGGUCGAGCUCAUGACGGACGGAUAUACGGAUGUCUCCAUCUUCCCCUUUCUCGUGGAGAAGUGUCGAGAAGCCGGUACAUCGCCGUAUGUGGCGAGACGGGAGUCGACGGGGUUCAUUUUCAAUCGUCUCUGGGCGGCCAUCAAGCGUGAGGUAAUGAAUAUCCUCGCUGAGGGGGUAUCGGCGCCGGAGGAGAUUGAUGCGAUGUGGAUGGAGAAUUUCGUGGAGGGGAGGAUUCCGCCUUGCCGGACUAUGGAUAAGGUUGGUCUGGAUACGGUUGCGUUUAUCGAAAGACACUAUAUUCAAGAACGGGGUCUGCCAUCUGAAAAGACUGUCGAUUUUCUCAAGGCGGAAUACCUCGACCAUGGCAAGCUGGGAAACAAGUCCCCCAAGGGUGGUCUUUAUCCCUCUUCAGAGACAUCCAAUGGUCACUCUGAGGACAAAAUCAUCGUGCUGGAUCUUGGUCUAUCAGCAGCCAGCCCUGGGUUGGAGUCUGGCGAGAUUCUCGAAAUGACCACUAGUGGCAAGAUCACGCGAUCUCUCGUGUCUAAACAAGCUCUUCCUGAUGGACUGGCUGUUGACAAAGCCAGUGGCCGCAUGUUCUGGACGUGCAUGGGAGUCCCUGGAAAGAAUGAUGGAGCUGUAUACUCGGCCAACCUAGACGGCAGCAGCAUUGAGACGCUCGUUGCGCCUGGAGUCAUCAACACCCCGAAACAACUGGCUCUGGAUGCUGUGGCGAAGAAAGUCUACUUUGCCGAUCGUGAAGGCGCCAGAAUCUACCGGUGCAGUUUCGAUGGAAGCAACUUGGAAGUGUUGAUUGACAACAGCACGGAUGACGUCUUGAACUGGUGCGUUGGCAUCGCCGUCGCCCCUACUCUGGGUCUGUUCUUCUGGACACAAAAGGGGCCUUCAAAGGGUGGGAAGGGGCGCAUUUUCGGUGCUCCUAUUGCGGGCAAUGGAAAAAGACAAGAGAUAAAAUGCGUCCUAUCCGAUCUACCCGAACCGAUUGAUCUGGAAGUGGACGAGAACUCUCGGAUGCUAUACUGGACCGACCGAGGCGAGAUCCCGUACGGCAAUUCACUGAAUAAAAUCCAGCUGGGUGAUUCUGGGCUUCUUUUGGAUACUCAGAGUACUCUUUGCAGACAUUUCAAAGAGGCAAUUGGGUUGAAAUUGGAUGUACCAAAUGGGCAUGUAUACGUGACGGAUCUGGGCGGGAAUAUCUACCGCUGCAGUCUGGAUGGGAACAAGGAGAGGGUUUACUCGGAUGAUUACCGUGCUUUUACAGGCAUUGCUAUUGUGUAGUUAACUUUUGUCUUAUUGUCGGAUGACUGAACCUCGGUACUUCCUCGGCCCGUCGCCACCGAUAAAACUGUCUCGGGAACCCGAGGAUCGUCAUUCUUCAUCCCUGCAACCAAUUUAAUUUAAUCAAUCGAGCUAAUAUAAUGUCCUCUCGGCGCCAUCGUUCUACUGUUGCUUGUCAGCACUGCAGACGUCGCAAGGUACGCUGCAGUUUAAUGGUCACUGGCGUACCCUGUAUUGGCUGUACGCAGGAUGGCCAGGAAUGCGUGAUUCCUCCAGCAAAGGCGCCGUAAGCACGACAUCGUAAUAAUUAUGAGGAUGAGACUGA